AUGAAGGCAUCUCUGUUUUUGGCUUCCGCCCUGGCGGCCACCGGUCUGGCGGCGCCCUCAACGAGCCCUCAGGUGGCCAAGAGAGGCAAGGGUACCGUCACUGAUAUCCGCGGCGUCGUCUCGGUUGACCCUGUCAAGAAGGUUAUCACUGUUUCCUUCAGGGGAUCCUCCUCAGUCCGCAAUUGGAUUGCCAACGUCGUUUUCGUCCAGUCCUCCUGCAGUGACCUCGUGAGCGGCUGUCUCGUCCACACCGGCUUCUACACCGCCUGGAAGGAGGUUGCGACCAAGGUUACCGCGGCCGUCAAGUCCGCCAAGGCCACUUACCCCAGCUACAGCAUCGGUGUGACUGGCCACUCUCUCGGCGGUGCCGUCGCUACCGUUGCCGCCGCCUACCUCCGUAAGGCCGGCUACACCGCCGACCUCUAUACCUUCGGCUCGCCCCGCGUCGGUAACAAGGCCUUCGCCGCUUUCACCACCAGCCAGUCCGGCGAGGAGUACCGCGUCACCCACGACAAGGACCCCGUGCCCCGUCUUCCUCCCAUCGUCUUCAACUACCGCCACACCUCCCCCGAGUGGUGGCUCAAGGUCCCCUCGCCCACUGCCAGCCAGGUCAAGAUCUGCACCGGAUACGCCAGCAUCAGCUGCAACGCCGGCACUCUUGGUCUGGAGGUUGAUGACCACCUCGACUACUUCGGCGGCAUCGCGGACUGCUCAGCUGGUGGCUUCAACUGGAAGAGGGACGACUUUAACGUUGCUGCCUCCAACGUCUCUGAUGAGGAGCUCGAGGCUCGCUUGAACACGUGGGUUGCUGAGGAUGUUGACUAUGUCAACAGCAACAACCUGGAGACCGAGGCUUAA